AUGGGCGAACGGAAAGGGCAGAAUUUGUAUUAUCCUCCGGAUUAUGACCCGAAGGUCGGAGGCUUAAACAAAUGGAAGGGAACACACGCUUUGCGAGAACGUGCUCGAAAAAUACAUCUUGGCAUCUUGAUCAUCCGGUUCGAAAUGCCGUAUAAUAUUUGGUGCGAAGGUUGCAAGAACCAUAUCGGAAUGGGUGUGCGCUAUAAUGCAGAAAAACGGAAAGUAGGCGCGUACUAUUCGACGCCUAUAUACCAAUUUCGGAUGAAAUGCCACCUGUGCGAUAACCAUUUUGAAAUCAAAACUGAUCCCCAGCAUCUCGAUUAUGAGAUUGUAUCUGGGGCAAGGCGUCAGGAAAAUCGUUGGGAUCCCACGCAAAAUGAGCAGAUCGUACCUGAAACUAAACAAGUACAACGAAAACUAUUUGAUGAUGCUAUGUACCGAUUGGAGCAUGGAGCAAAGGAUACACAAAUAGCGGAAGAGGUAAAACCAGUACUUGGACGAUUAUUCCAUCGCAACGAUUCCGUGUGGCGAGAUGAUUUCGAAGCUAAUAGUCGCUUAAGAGCUCAGUUUAGGGUGCGCAAAAAAGAACACAAACUACAAGAAGAAAAGGAUAACGCACUGUUGAUGAAAUCAAGUCUUUCCAAUCUAACACUGCUUCCAGAGAGCGACAGCGAUCGACGCAUGGCACAACUCAUGCGACUCCACUCAUCAAAAACGUUUCAGGAAAAAUACGAAGAACAAAGAAAUGCAAUCCUAAAUCGACCAAUGCUAUCUUCGACAUCCUCUUGUACCGCUACUGCAGUAUCAAAGUUUACGUGCAUUAAACGGAGCGCAAAACCUUUGGGUAUAGUGAAGCGAUCAGCUGCGAUAAAUAGAAACUCGAACAACACAAACAGUUGUCAUAGUUUAGAUGAAAAACGUUCCAGAUGCCCCGUUUCAGGAACUGAUGAUAGUUCAAACUCAGAUAAACGGAGAAAUAAUGAAUUGCAAAAGGAAGAAUCCAACAUUAAACAAAUGCGGUUACCGCAGCUAUUGUUAUCCAAUUAUGGAUCAAGCGAUAGUGAUUAA